UGCUAGCACUGUAUGCAGUAAAAGUUCGUGCAGAGGCUAUGCAGCGUGCUUCAGAUUCUGUCCCGAGUGGAAUGUUAUCAGUCAUUGGCCAGGCAAAGUCAGAUUACAGGCAAGCUUGCCUUGAAGCCUGUGAGCACAGCAACUCAGUUGGUAUACAGAAUCCCGUGUGCCAGGUUGCCAGUUACCUCUUCCCAGAUGGCAGAGUCAUUGCCGGACAUAUGCAGGCUUUGGAAUAUCUACAGGAAAAUUCCAGAAAGUUUUACUUCAGACGUACAAAAAUUCUUCCAGUAAGUGGUGCUUUUCACACAUCUUUGAUGGAACCAGCAACACAGGACCUAGCUGAUGUCUUGAAGAAAAUGAAUAUUGAAAAGCCAUCUGUUGCAGUUUAUUCUAAUGUUGAGGCAGCCACUUAUGCACAUGAUAAGCAAAUACGAAAACUUCUGUCAAAACAGCUCAUUUCCCCUGUAAAAUGGGAGCAGACUAUGCAUGCUUUAUUUGAACGAAGGAAAGGAAUUGAAUUUCCUAGAACUUAUGAAGUUGGACCGGGACGACAGCUUGGAGUAAUGUUGAAAAACUGUAACCUGAAGGCUUGGCAGUCUUACACACCUGUUGCUGUUUAAGAACUGCUACCCAGUAACUAUAUGUAAAUUAUUUUGACUGUAUUCUGAACAGCAUAUGUCUUUAUAAAAUCUCCAGCUAAAUGUU